AUGGAGGAGGAAGCCGCCCUGGCCUUGCUGCAACGUCGGGCGGUGGGAACUGGUGAGGGGAGCUCCCUGAGGCUGGUGCUGGCGGUGAGCCGCCACUCCAUCAAGUCCAUGAUCAAGGAUUACAAGGGCCUGGGCCUGUCGAACAAGAGCAUCGACCAAGCCUAUGGCGCUGAGAAUAGCGACGCCACGCCGCACGGCCUGCUCUUCGCGACCCAGCUGGGCCAACACUACCGGAAGCAGUACUUGGAGGCCCUGUCGCUGGAUGGUAAGAGUUGCGAGGAGAUUGGGAGCGCGGUGAAGGUCUAUGCAGAUGAGGAUGAUCGGGACCGUGAGAGUGGGAACCGAUGGCUGGCAGGCUUCGCCCCAGGGUGCGAGUUGAAGUCCCACAGUGGAGAGGUCGAGCACUCCGUGCUCCAGGAGGGUAAGAUCUUGCUCCCGGGCUGCGAGUAUGCGUCGGAGCAGGAGGUGAAGGGGCUCAUCGGCGGUGACUUCCAUGCUUGGGCAGUUGCCAACUUCGGGGCGGAGAUGGACGAGCUGCAAGAAAUCUUCGGCUGCUGUGCCCCUUCGCUGUGCCCGGGUGCCGGGAAGUGCCAGCUGAAGGAUGUGCCCAACAAGUGGACGGGCGGGUAUUGGGACACCUGGACUGGAGGCCUCCAGUAUGCCGGCUGGAUGGCCGCCACCUUGCAGACGCAGUACGUGAAUAACAACACCGUCUUGGGCAACGCAUCUCCCGAGACCAUCGAGCGCCUGUACAAGGUCACUGAGGGUAUCUGGCGCACCUACAAGAACCCCAUCAAUGCGAACCGCUUCGGCGGCACGCUCCCUGCCUACUUGGCGGCCACGCUGCAGUCCGCCGCACUAGGCAAGGCGGUGCUCCCGGAGAGCGCAGUUCUACCUGGCCAGGCUGAGGCAAAGUUCCAGUGGUUCAUGGGCCACGACGUGAACGUCGCGCUCCUGGCUGAGCUGCUCCAGCUCAGCUUGCAGACUCCCAGCUAUCCCCCCGGCACCUCCUCCAUCUUCCUGGGCGCCCUCCUCUUCGAGCUGCAUGCGCAGGGCGAAGAAGAGACCUUCACGGUGCGCAUCUUCCAGGAGGCCCCGACCACCACGCAGCUCCGCCUCUUGGAGGCCAAGCCUGUCCGCAGCCAGAUCUCCCUGCCCGGCUGCUCCAGGCCACUGGACUGUCCCCUGGCCGAGUUCCUCCGCAUGGUGGCCGAGCGCGUGCAGGGGCGCUGCGUGGCGGCGGACUUGGCCAAGUUCCUUGAGGCCGCGCUGUUUUGA